UCCCCUCCUCUGCUCCGCUCCGCUUCGCUUCCUUCUCAAACAAGCAGCCGACUACGAGCACGCGAAAAAAAAGCGAAGAGAGAGAGAGAGAGAAAAAUCCAGCCCCGAAUUCGGCGGCGGCGGCGGCGGAGGAGGAGGAGAUGGAUCCCUCGUCGGCGGGCUCCGGCGGCAACUCGCUGGCGGCGGUGGCGGGGACGGACGCCCAGAAGCGGCGGGUGUGCUACUUCUACGACACGGAGGUGGGCAACUACUACUACGGGCAGGGCCACCCGAUGAAGCCCCACCGCGUGCGGAUGACCCACGCGCUGCUCGCCCACUACGGCCUCCUCGGCCGGAUGCAGGUGCUCCGCCCGCUCCGCGCCCUCGACCACGACUUCUGCCGCUUCCACUCCGCCGACUACGUCGCCUUCCUCCGCACCGUCACGCCCGAGACGCAGCUCGGCCGGGGCCGCCAGCUCCGGCGCUUCAACGUCGGCGAGGACUGCCCGGUCUUCGACGGCCUCUAUGCCUACUGCCAGUCCUACGCGGGCGCCUCCAUCAGCGCCGCCGUCAUGCUCAACCACGGCACCCACGACAUCGCCAUCAACUGGUCGGGGGGCCUGCACCACGCCAAGAAGUCCGAGGCCUCCGGCUUCUGCUACGUCAACGACAUCGUCCUCGCCAUCCUCGAACUCCUCAAGGUCCACGAGCGAGUUCUGUACAUUGAUAUUGAUAUCCAUCAUGGAGAUGGAGUUGAAGAGGCAUUCUACACAACUAAUAGGGUUAUGACAGUCUCGUUUCACAAGUUUGGGGAAUAUUUCCCGGGAACAGGGGACAUCCGUGACAUUGGGUACGCAGAAGGGAAGUAUUACUGCCUGAAUGUGCCGCUAGAUGAUGGAAUUGAUGAUGAUAGCUACCAGUCCAUCUUCAAGCCAAUCAUCGGCAAAGUUAUGGAGAUGUAUCAUCCUGAUGCAGUUGUGCUUCAAUGUGGUGCUGAUUCGUUGUCCGGUGAUAGGUUGGGAUGUUUCAAUCUCUCAGGCAAAGGUCAUGCGGAAUGUGUUAAGUACAUGAGAUCGUUCAAUGUUCCGUUGCUACUUCUUGGUGGUGGUGGAUAUACCAUAAGAAAUGUUUCACGGUGCUGGUGUUACGAGACAGGAGUUGCAGUUGGUGAAGAGCUUAAGGAAAAAUUGCCUUACAAUGAGUACUAUGAAUAUUUUGGUCCAGAAUACAGUCUUUACGUUUCAUCAAGUAACAUGGAGAACAGAAAUACAAACAAGCAAUUGGAGGAAAUGAAAUGUAAAAUUCUGGAGAAUCUUUCAAAAGUGGAGCAUGCUCCUAGUGUCCAAUUUGAAGAGCGAAUUCCUGAAAGAAAGCUACCUGAGCGAGAUGAAGAUAAAGAGGAUCCAGAUAGAAGGCCCGACCCUUACUUUGAUAGGUUUUUGAGUGCUCGCAGACGUCUGAAACACUCAGCAAGAAGUCGAAACACCGGAGAUACGAGAGAAUAUACUGAAACAGAGGCCAAAGAUCAGCAUGGUAAGAUACCAACAACUGAACAUAGAGGACCAGAACCGAUGGAAGAGGAUCUUGGUUCCUCCAAACAAGCACCUCCUGCGGAUGCAAAUGGGAUGGCCAUCAACGCCCCAGGCAAUGUCAAGAAUGAACCGGAAAGCUCACCCAAAUGACCUAUGCACCCCAAGGCAUGAUUUGCUACCUUCAGGCAAACACCAGCUCCCCCGUCACGGUUUGCUUCAUAUGCUCUUUACUGGCAGAAACUGUGUGAAUCCGUACUGCAUAUCGUCAUUUCAAACUCACUCACCCUGUGGUAUUGUAAGAUCGUUUCUUCUGUAGAAUAGUGUAGGAAUCUAUUGGUGGCAACACUUGCAGCUAAAGAAUUCCAUAGUGUUCAGGCAAUGCUAGACGUGGAGACAUUAGACUGACCAAUUUGGCAAUUCCACAUGUAACAUGGACCAAAAGUUACAGUAUUAUAGUCUGUUGGAACUCCAGGCCAAAGCACUAUGCCUACGUGUGUUUGCUCUCUGUUGGUUGUGUUUCGUUCACAGCUACUUCUUCCGACGCAUGGAGUGGGGUGUGGAAACAUAAUUAGUGGUGAUUUUUUAAUGGAAUUAAUUGA